ACCGACUUGUGUUCUAGUCGAAUACAAAAUGCUAUCGCGCCAAAUCGUAAUCAUGUCACGUCACCAUUGGCACCAUCACAAAUGAUGCGUCAGCAUUUAUUUUUACCUCAACCGGUGGCUGGUGAUUGUUCGAGUACAGAUCCUGUAAGUGAUGAAGGAAAUGUUGAUGUGUAUGCUCCGGUGUUGAAGCAAUUGAUACCAACAAGAAAGAACAAUCAUAUGAUGGGAAGUCAAAGAAGUUCAGUGGAUAAGCGAGAAUACAUCGACAUUCCACUUCCGAAAUCUGUUCUUAAAAUUAAUCUUCAGAAUCAUGAAAACAAUUGCACAAAAUAUAACAACUACAUGAUUCCGACGAAAAAUAAUCUUCUUAAGGAACAUUACACAUCAAGCGAAUGCAUUUGCCAAACAUCUGAUGACAAGCAAGAUAUUUCAAGCAACAGUACAUAUGAAGAUUCGCUUAAAGGAGAAUUUGCAGAAGAAACAACAACGACAAGCACAACAAGAAUUGCUCUCGCUCAACGAACAAAAUUACGUCAAGAAAUGUAUGACAAUCUCGAUCGCCAUGCCAAUCGUCAUUCAUUUUCAGGCUUUCGUCAAAUGGAAAGAAAUGUGAAGAACUCACGACGAUCAUCAUUCAUGAUUGGCACCAACACAGACCCUAAUACCAUCAU